AUUGGCCAGAAAGGCCUACUUCAUCUGCUGUAGAAAAUUUAUCAAACAAUCAAUAAACAAUUAUUAAUAGCCUAUUAGGCACUAUGCUAAGCGCGCAUUUGGGGGGAGUACAAAAAAAGCAAAAGAUGGUCCCUACCCUCAAGGAACUUACAGGGGAAAACACAUGUAUUUACAAAACAAAUUAUAUAUGGGAUAAGAUAGAAGGGUUUAGGAUGUGGCUGACACAAAGUUGAGCAACAGGAGAAUGCAAAAAUAGGCAAAGACAGUCCCUGCCCUCAAGGAGUUUACAAUCUAAAGGGGAGUAACAUGGAAACAAAUACAUACAAAGCAAAUUAUAUGCAAGAUAAAAAGGAUAAAAAAUUUAAAAAUAUAAUAAGCACCUACUAUGUGUUAGGCACUGUUCUAAGGCCGCUUUCUACCUUACCAUGUAAUGGGGGACACAAUAAGCAAAGAAAUACAUACAAAGCAAGCCAUAUAAAGGGCAAAAUAAUUAACAGAAGGCAGGUAUUGGAAUUAAGUUGAGCAACACUUGUAGAAAAUGGUCCAAACCUGGAGGCAGCUGAAAACCUCUCCCCAGUCCGGAGCAACACGACUCCCUUCUCCCAAAGUCUCUCGAGCGUCCAGCGUCUGAACUGACCAAGUCUCCCCUGAGGGGCGGGACCUUGAGGGGCGGGGCGAAGCGGGGAGGGGCGGGGGCGCGCGCAUACUCGCCACCUGCCUACCUCAGGACCUUGUACAGCCAGAGAGUACUGGCGGCUCGUUCCACCAUUUUUUGCUUCCCUCCUCUUCCUCUUCCUUUCCUUUUUUCCCCACCUUUUUUUACUCCUCCUUUUUCUUUCUCCUCUCUUCCCCCUCUUCCCUCUCCUCCUCUUUCUUUCUCCGUACUCUCGCUACUUCUAGCACCUUCGUCCCCGCCCCCUCUAUCCCCGCCAUGUCCCUGCUCUCCCCGUGGACUACAAAUCCCAGCAUGCCCCGCGGCGGACUGUCGUCUCCUCCCCUCUCCUAACCGUCCCGUGCCGUUCCCCCGCCCCGCUCGGGGCUGACUGCACAAGCGGCGGCGGCGGCAGUGGAGGCGGAGGCGGCCGAGGCGGCGGAGGGGGCCGCUGGGCAGGUGAGCGUGACUUCCGGAGGAAACGGCCGAGGCGACGGCUGCUGCCUGGCCGAAGGGUCGAGGAGGAACUACAGCAAUCCCUCUUGUUCCCUCCCAUCAAAGCUGGUUAGUGGUGGCAUGGAAGAUACAUUUGAGGAACCAGAUCAUCAACCAGUAGGCACAGGAAUGGUCAUGGAUGGUGUGGAAUCUGGGGAAAUCACUCCUCCUACCAAGAGGAAAAGUAAGUUCUCCAGCUUUGGUAAAAUCUUCAAACCCUGGAAAUGGCGGAAAAAAAAGAGCAGUGACAAGUUCAAAGAAACAUCAGAAGUUCUAGAGCGGAAAAUAUCCAUGCGAAAACCAAGGGAAGAGCUGGUUAGAAGAGGGCUUCUGUUGGAGGACCCUGUGAAUGCAAGUGAAGAUUCUGGGAAGUUCAGCCAUACUACAUUAAAGAAUGGCCAUACCAUUCCCAUUGGGAGUGCUGGGCCUUCAAAUCCCAGCCAGAUGGAGGAGGAACUUGGAAGGAUAACAAGGCUUAAGAAGCCUUUUCCAGGAGAGGAACCAAAGACACAACCAGGCUCAUCUGGAAGCCGACCCAGUUCUGAAGUAGAAUCCAUUCCUGAACCAGCACCCAGGCCAUUUUUGCCACGACCCAAAAGACCCUUGUCAUCUUCUCAGGAAGAAAGUGAUGGACAAGCAGAUGACACCACUGGUGGCAAUACUACAAGGACCAUUUCCUCCUCAUCCUCCACCUCUUCCUCUUCUUCCUCCACAGCACCUACUGCCAGCACUGCAGCUGCAGCCUCAGGCCUAGCAAAGACAGUUAGUUCCUCCAGCACCCCUAUCCCAGCUCCCAGAACUCUGCCUGUUGUUCCUGUACACAGCACUAACACAACUGCUACCUUGAAUGUGACCCACACUGCCCCUGCCAAGCAACCCCCUAUCCCUCCCCCUAAACCAGCUAACAGAAACAGUAACCCUGUUAUUGCUGAACUUUCACAAGCAAUAAACAGUGGUACAUUGCUGGCAAAGCCAUCCCCACCUUUACCACCCAAGAGGGGGAUUCUAUCUACUCACAUGUCUUCCUCUGAGUCUGCUGCUGCCACAAUAAAACCUCCAAAUGCUCAGAGAGAAGGGAGCAGUUGCUCGACUUCCAAUUCAAUCCAGAUAAUCCCAUCUCCCUCCCCUUCUCCCCCUUUGCCUACUCACAGACCUCCUGAACCCCCAUGUUCUCCUCCAUUGCCUCCUAAAACUCUUCAAAUUGUGCCAGAAAUUGAGCACUCCCCCUCCCUUGAACUACCCCCAGAUGUCCCUCAGCUGGAAGAUCAGGCCUUGGAAGCCCCCAAGAGGACAGCUGAACAAAGCUUUGGAGAGCCUAACACCUCCUCUCGACUUCCCCCACUACCACUGCAUAUCCGCAUCCAGCAAGCCUUGACCUCACCGCUGCCCAUUACCCCGCCAUUGGAGGAAUCUCAGAGGGCUCAUUCCUUGCUUUUUGAGAAUGGCAAAGGCUUUUCAGAAGACAGCGGUACUUUGGGUCGCACCAGGUCACUCCCUAUCACUAUUGAAAUGCUUAAAGUUCCAGACGAUGAAGAGGAGGAGGAAGAUGAUCAGCCUUGUCCAUCAGCUUAUGUUGGGGAUGUGGCAUCUACCUCAGUUAUUCCUAAACUCAUACCACAGUGUGUGCAGGAGGAAGAAGAAGAAGAAAAGGGAAGUGACUCUGAUUCUGAGGGACCCAUUUUGUAUAGAGAUGAAGAAGAUGAAGACGAAAGCCAACACAGUGCUCUGGCUAAUAGAGUGAAAAGGAAAGAUACUCUAGCCAUGAAGCUAAAUAACAAACCAAGUGAUUCAGAUCUGGGGCUGAACUCUUGGCCUCGAAAGAGCAAGGAGGAGUGGAAUGAAAUCCGACAUCAGAUUGGGAAUACAUUGAUCAGGCGCCUGAGUCAGAGACCGACAGCAGAAGAACUGGAACAAAGAAACAUACUCCAGCCCAAAAAUGAAGCUGACCGGCAAGCAGAAAAACGAGAAAUCAAACGUCGACUCACCAGAAAGCUUAGUCAAAGACCUACAGUUGCUGAACUCUUAGCCAGGAAAAUCCUGAGAUUUAAUGAAUACGUAGAGGUAACCGAUGCUCAGGACUAUGACCGGCGAGCUGACAAGCCAUGGACAAAGCUAACCCCUGCUGACAAGGCUGCCAUUCGAAAGGAACUCAAUGAAUUUAAAAGUUCAGAGAUGGAAGUUCAUGAAGACAGCAAACAUUUUACACGCUUCCAUCGACCAUGAUGCUGACUCUGGGGGAGAAGCUUAUAAGCUCCCAAACAGGGCUGCUUUUCUGCUUCCAUCUCUAAAUACAUGGAAGAUCCUUUAGUUCUCCACAGCAUGUCCAUAAGUGGACUCGCCCAUAGUUCGAAGGUGGAUGGCAUCUCUCUGAAUGUAGCAUUUCACUGGAACAAAUUAUCGCAAGGACCCUUGCAGCCAAACUGAACACUAUAUACCAGUGCUUUUCCAUCUUUACGGACUGCACCUCACACUUAAAGGGAAGCUCAAAGUUCUUGGGAGGAUUUUCACGUAUAUUUUGCUGCCCCUAAGAAAUUGCUGCCCUACAAGCGUAACACCCCGCUCAGCAACAUGGCAGAGUCCCUGAGCCCCAACCCAGCCGGCGGAGAGACGGAAGCUGCCGUCACCAGCCUCCUGAGAACAAGACAUGCCACCCCCCUCGCUGUGGCUUUCCACCCAGCCUGGCAGUUGCUGGGAGAGACAGGGAAAGCCUUGUGGCCUCCUCCGAGGGUGGGGUCACUAUUCAGGCCAGUCACUGUCUUAUACCUCGCGUAGCACAGCAAUACUCUUCAUUGGACAGCUGGGCCCAAAAUAUGCCCACGAUCCACUGACUUCCCCUUUGACACCAGUCAGCCAGGGUCUUGAUUGUAAAUAGUCUCCAGGGAGUAGUGGGAAAAUCUCUCUUUCCUGUUGGCCUUUUGUUUAUUUCUUUAGAGCUGCAACACCAGAUUCUGCAUUAGUGAAGUGAGAAACGUGUAUAUAUAUUUUCUUGAUGCAAAAACAAAAUGAAAAACUACCCACAGGUGGGCAGGAAGCAGACACAAAUAUCACCUCUGUCUGAUUGGCUUUUGUACUUUAUCAUACCAGCCGAAUCACUGCUGACCAAGAGCUGCCUUCUCCUGCAGGACGGAGCUGGAGCAUCGGGGAGGGGCCCUCUUCUACCAGCAGCCAGAAGCAGUCACACCCAGAGGCCUUGGGUUCCCCCAUAAUGUUUGGGGAGCAUCGAAAGCAGGAUCUGGCACCACUUCCUGUCUUGUUCCCUUGGCAGCCUCACUCCAGAACGAUUGGCCCUUCCCAGCCCCGUCUGCCCUCCAUCCUCCACCUCCCAUGUGCCGAGCUGUUCAUAUCUUUCCUGACACUCAAGCUUGGCUCAUUGUCUCCUAGCAAACCAUCGCGCACACAGCCUGUGCCUGGGCCCUCACCCCUCCAGGGCUCUCCUUGUUCAUCACUUUUAACAUGUCUUCAGGUGCCUCUAGAUGAGAACUGUCCAACCUUCUUUGUUCUAGAUUCCUACUCAUGAAAGGGGGGGUGGGGGGAGGGGGAGUCCUGUUCUCACUGCUGAAUGUGGUUUUGUGGUUGGUUUGGUGGGGGUUGGAUUUUAUGUCCCCCCCCCCCUAAGUUUUGUCCAUUGUGCCAGUUUCCUAAAUGGUUUUCUCCUAUUUCUUCCCCUUAUAUUCUACUUUGUCCCCCUAGUUUGCCCUUCCUUAGGCUCAAUUCUGUUCUCUUUUCUCUUUCUAUAUCAGUAUGUCAGUGUGAUGCCUACUGUGAAAUAAUUGAAUUUCAAUUCCCAGCUAAGGGCUCAAAAGACCUUUAAAGGCUGUGUUUCUAUGAGGACCAGGGAGUCAGUGAGAGCUUUUGAGGGGUGCUGUAUCCUUGGCCUGUGGGAAGAUUGAGGAUGACAACAGGAAGGCAAGUUAUGGUGCUACCGAAGACUGUGAAUUGUCAGCUGAAGGCAGGUGGACUCAAGUGGCUAACUGCUCACUUGUCUUUUCCUAGUCAUUCUGCCUGACAGAGGCGUAGUUCAAACAUACCUCUAGCUGAAUGAACCCACACCAGCAUUUUCUGGGGUUUGUCAACUUCCUUUCACUGCCUUUACUUUCUGAUCCAAAGGUGCCAAGCUGGUGCCAGGCUUGGUGUCCUGGGUUACCAGUCUGCCUUCUGUGUGCCACCAGGGAGCCUCAUUAACCUUUCAUCUCAUUCAUGUCCUUUUUGGGGGUGGGAGGGACCCAGUCUUUUUCAGGGUUUUUUAUAAAAUGGAUUUUGACUUCCCUUUCCUUAUAAUUAUCAAAAAUUCAUAUAAUGUAAAGAAGAGAUAAAGUUCUUUCUAGAAAAACCUGAUAUUUUAGACUUCAGAAUGCUUUCUUGAUGUACAAACUCUCUUUGUAGAUGAAAUAAUUACAUUGUAUAUCAGUCUUCCUAUCAAUAAAUAUUAAUUAUUAAAGUAUUAUAGAUUUUUAAAAAAA